GCCGAGCCAGUCGGGGUAGUGGAGGACCGUCGGGCGAUCAUCAGCUCAGGCGGGCGGGGAGAAAAGGGCGGCGAGCUGCGGGAGCUUGGCGGGUGCUGGCUGCGGGCGCGCUGAGGCCGGUCAGUGGGACAUCUAGGGACAGAAGAGAAGGCUCGAUCGCUACAGGACCAUAUUUGGAGCUGAAAUGGAACAAGCAGUUGGCAAGCCAAUGAGAGGCCAGGUCACAGCGACACAUUUGACAGAAGACAUUCCAAAAGCCAAGAAGUGCACAGUGAUUGGAGGCUCUGGGUUCCUGGGACAGCACAUGGUGGAGCAGUUGCUGGCAAAAGGCUAUACCGUCAAUGUAUUCGAUAUACGCCAGGGAUUCAACAAUCCCCGGGUGCAGUUCUUUCUGGGCGACCUCUGCAGCCAACAGGACCUGUACCCCGCGCUGAAAGGCGUAAGCACAGUGUUCCACUGUGCAUCACCCCCUCCGUCCAGCAACAACAAGGAACUCUUUUACAGAGUCAACUACAUUGGCGCCAAGAACGUCAUUAAGACUUGCAAAGAGGCUGGGGUUCAGAAACUCAUUUUAACCAGCAGCGCUAGUGUCGUCUUUGAGGGCGUUGACAUCAAGAAUGGAACCGAGGACCUCCCUUACGCCAUGAAACCCAUUGAUUACUACACGGAGACGAAGAUCUUACAGGAGAGAGAAGUUCUGAUCGCCAACGAUCCUGAGAGGAAUUUCUUAACCAUCGCCAUCCGCCCCCAUGGCAUUUUCGGCCCAAGGGACCCCCAGCUGGUCCCCAUCCUCAUCGAAGCAGCCAGGAAAGGCAAGAUGAAGUUUAUAAUUGGAAAUGGGGAGAACUUGGUGGACUUCACCUUCGUGGAGAACGUGGUGCACGGACACAUUCUGGCUGCUGAGCAACUCUCCCAAGACACGGCCUUGGGUGGGAAGGCAUUCCACAUCACCAACGACGAACCCAUCCCUUUCUGGAUGUUCCUGUCCCGCAUCCUGACAGGCCUCAAUUACGAGGCCCCCAAGUACCACAUCCCCUACUGGGUGGCCUACUACCUGGCCCUCCUGCUGUCCUUCCUGGUCAUGGUGAUCACUCCUGUCAUCCAGCUCCACCCCACGUUCACACCGAUGCGGGUCGCGCUCGCUGGCACGUUUCACUACUACAGCUGCGAGAAAGCCAAAAAGCUCAUGGGUUACCAGCCAUUGGUCACCAUGGACGAUGCCGUGGAAAGAACGGUGCAGAGCUUCCACCACCUGCGGAGAGUCAAGUGAGACCCCGGAGACUGGGCCCUCUCGCCGUGUCUCCCCACCUAGAGCUCUCUGUGGACCAAUAAACUAUCCUCCUUCAAGUGA